AUGAGUCCAAGUAGGAAGAAACUUCGGAAACGGCUCGUUGCUCCAAUCAAGCUAACUGCUCUAGAACGGCAGAUAACUAAUGGCCAAAAAAAACUAGACGAGGAGGAAGAGGAGGCUUCUGUCAGUGCGCCGGAGAGAGCUCGUCCAACAGGUAGAGUGUUUUUUCUGGCUGCAGCCAGCACGUCUCUGAGCUCCCCGGAAGAAGCUGAUUAUGAUAUGAUAUGGAAAUCCCACAAAUAUGUUAGCCAACCAAGUGUGUAA